AUGUUAUCAACGACCAAUUCGACCAACUCAUCAGGCUCUGGCUCAAAUCUAAGCACUGAGCCACUCACACUUCCAUUGCCGUCAAUCUUUCAGAACAACCCAAUGAAUCCCUCAAUGUUCAAUCCAUCGACUACGAUGACGCCAUCGUUCCUGCUGCCCACCAACCCCUCGUCGAUGAUGCCGCACACAUUUGCCCACGACUCGGGCAGUGGCGGCAGCGGCCAGUACAGCGGCGGCAUGGACAACGUGUCCAACGACUACCAGAACAUGCAGCAGAAUCAGCACCAGCAUCAGCAGUCACACCAGCAGCAGACAGGUGGUGCCCCAGGCUCCCACUACGCCUCACCCUCGGUCCAAUACAACUAUCUAUACCUUCAGCAAUCGGCCAUGCAGCAUCAGGGCCAGCAGCCCCAGGCAAACGCCAUCCCAAGCAGCGUGGCGACACAGCCCUCAUCACAGACGACCACCUCGACAAACUCUACGACGACAACACCGACCAAGUCGCCAAAGCGCAAGUUGUCCACAGAGAAGAAGGAGCCCGUCACACCAAACGCCGUGCCCAAGUGCACUCGCUGCAAUGAGACAGCGUCAUGGAAGCACGACAAGCGCAGAUGGUGGUGCAAAGAGUGCAAGAAGGCCUUCACACCAGGCAUCUCCAAGACACAGAACACCAACCAGGCGCCCAGCACACAGUCGUGGGACAACAGUGGCAUCCCACCCGGAGGUCCCCUCUGCAAUUGCCCAGGGUGUGGAGCAUCCGCUUGCUGGAAGCACGACAAGAAGCGCUGGAUCUGUAAAGAGUGCAAGCGACCAUUCACAACAAACCAAGAUGGCGCCACGCCUUCUUCGCCCACGUCGCCCAAGUCCUCCAAGAAGUCAUCCAAAUCAAAGAAGUCAACAACUGCGUCGUCAACACAAUCACUCGCCUCUCCCUCCUCCAACAACCUGAUGACGUCGGCAUCCACGAUGACGGGCGCCUCACCCUUACAGCCACAGAUGACAUACUAUAGCCAACCGCCACUGCCAUCCUUUCACCAAAUGGGCACCUUCCCAGGUCUCCAGCAUCUAGGCGGCGGCCAGAAGGACUUACUGCGCGCGGCGCCACCAAUGGGCCCUGGCGUGCCCCAGAUGAGCACCAUGAACAUGAACAACCAGAACUUCUUGAACAACAUGAUGUCCAGCUUGACCAAUACACCCAGUCAGGUGUUUGCCAACCCAGGUGUACUCUCGCCAAACAAUGGCUCCAAGAAGAUUUCACCAGUGCCCAAGUCCAAGAAGGAGGCUGGCGACGGUGGUCACCAAGAUCUGAUGGGUGGCCCUCAGGCCGAUCUCUCUGGCAUGGGCAACACAGACUAUUCAAAGAUGGGCGGCAACAAGAUGAUCAACGACCUGAGAUUUCUUGCCUCCUAA